GAUAGUCUUCAGAACUGUUGGGGCGCUUGAAAAGACUUUGAUGGCAUCUCUCAAAAUCUGCAACCUGAGGACAUCCUCAGUGAAAGAUCAAAUGAAAAUAAAGAAGCCAGCUGUGGAGAAAAGACGCAGGGAUCGCAUCAACAGCAGCAUUGAAAAGCUGAAGCUACUGCUCAACAGUGAACUUAAGACCCACCAACCCAGAAGCAAGCUUGAAAAAGCCGACAUCCUUGAGAAGGCUGUGCUCUACAUAAAAGACUCCACGCGUCAGAGGACAUCGGCAUCUCCUGACACCGGACCUGGAAAGAGUUACGCAGAAGGAUACCGCAGGUGUUUGGAGGAGACUUUCUGCUUCUUCGCAGGUCACACCGAGCUGAAAGAUUCACAAGCGAUGCCGAUGAAACACUACAGUACGACGCCGCUUGGUGGUAGCACUGGGCUAAGUCAUGCCCUACCAUCGACCAGUGAAGUUUUGUACCCUUCUUCAAAAAGUUCAUCCACCAUCAAGCAGCCAAUGUGGAGACCAUGGUGCAGUGAACGAGUGACACUGCGAAAAAAUAGUAGACUUUCGGUAUUCACAUUUUAGGCCUACCUCAGCUUCAGCAACCCUUGAUGGUGUGACUCCAUUCAGGCCAGAUUUGUCCUGUAAAUAAUUGUAUUGUAAAGAAUCUGCCUAUAUAAUAUCUGUUUUAUAUUAACAGAUUUUAUAGGGCAUAAUGUUGUAUAUCAUAUUGAUAUUGUGUGUCUUCUUCAUUUGUGAAUGCGUGUGUGUGUGUGUGUGUG